AUGGAAUCAGAUGGCUCAACAGUCCAACUUGCUCGCUCUUGUGGCUACUCGAGCAGGGAAGUUCAUCGACGACAGAAACAGAAUCGUCUGCAACGCGUUCGAUCAUCGGCAGCAUUUAAUAAUUUUGUUGAUUAUCAACAAACAGAAAACAAUGACUCAGUUCGUUUUACAUUUGGAGAUGAUGCUCAAGGUUCUUCAACAUGUAAUACUAAUAAUUUUGAUGAUAAUGAUAAUAUUAAAGAACUUGCCGAAAAUUAUGUUAUGAGUGAGUCUUCUUCGCUCUGUAUCAAUGCUCAAAAUGAAUUGGAAAAAUGUGUUGGUAAUAAUCAAUGUGAUGAUAUUGAAGAUGGAUAUUCAAUUAAAUCGUGUGAAAGCGAGUAUUUUACUGUACAUAGCACAGAACAUGAAAAUCUAAAAAACAUCAGUUUAUUGAGAUAUGUUGAGUACAAUGACUUAUCACCAACAUCUGUUCAUUUAGGUGUUACACUCAUUCAAAUUAUGCAUCGUCAUCAUUUAAUACGUGCUUAUCUUCUUAUUCUUCCACUUGCUGAUCAAUUACGUCCAGUUAUUAUUAAUUCAAAUUUUUCAUUCAUCAAACAAAAAUCUCAAUCCGAUGUAUUAAUGGAUAUUACAGAUGGUGAUCGAUACAAGCAAAUUCAAAAAAAAGAAACAGAUCGAUUUUUAACAUUAACUUUAUAUGUGGAUGGAGUCCAGAUAGCUAAAUUAUCAAGUAAAUCUUUAUGGAUGUUUACACUGGCCUUAAAUAAAUUGCCUUGUGCUCAACAAUUUAAACAACAUAAUUUAGUUGUUGCUGCUACUGCAUUUACUGGUCAUAGGCCAUCUCGUUCACAAAUGCAAGUUAUUUUACAAAUAAUUGUUCGUCAAUUGAAACGACUUGAAAAUGGUCUGCUUAUCGAAUUCGGUUCUCAACAUGAAGAAAUUAUUCCAAUAUAUCUUAUUUCGGCAUCCUGUGACAAAUCUGCUCAGGCAUUAGUCCAAAAUUAG